UUCAAUUGAAUACAUCCGAAUAAACGAAGAACAAAAGCCCAGCAAGCGAACGAGCUUACCCCCGCCCCAAAACCAAGAGCCACUCUAAAACCCUGUGUGAGGAGAGCUAAGAACGGUGGCGCAGAUUCGGCACCAAAGCAAAGCAAAAGAAAGCACAGGAAAUGGGUAACAACAAGCGGUUCAAGAACCAUAAGCCUCACCGUGACCGGGGGCAAUCUAGUCGGACCCAUCACCAUUUUCCACAGUCUGACGAAUCCCUACCAUCUGAUCAAGCUACUGAAGAGGAGCCAACAGCAACAGGUCCCAAAAUCCAGCUUGCAAUGUGGGAUUUUGGCCAAUGUGAUGCAAAAAGAUGCACAGGACGCAAGCUUUCAAGAUUUGGCUUGUUGAAGGAAUUGCGUGUCAAUAAUGGUUUUGGAGGCAUUGUUUUGAGUCCAGUUGGGACGCUUUGUGUCUCAAGAGAAGAUUAUAGUUUAAUCCAGCGAAAAGGAUUAGCUGUUGUGGAUUGCUCUUGGGCACGCUUGGAUGAUGUACCAUUUGUGAAGCUUCAGUGCACUGCUCCUCGCCUCUUGCCUUGGUUUGUAGCAGCAAAUCCAGUAAAUUAUGGUCGACCCUGUCAACUAUCUUGUGUGGAGGCAUUAUCUGCAGCUGUGUUCAUAUGUGGCGAAGAAGAAACUGCAAAUUUGUUGCUUGGAAAGUUCAAAUGGGGUCAUGCUUUCCUGUCCCUCAAUAGGGAUCUUCUGAAGGCAUACUCCAAAUGUGAAAACAGUGCUGAAAUAAUUUCAGUCCAAAAUGAUUGGCUUUCACAAAACAGUCAGGUUCCCAAGGCUCCUAGAGAAGUAAAAGGAGGAGCAGACCUGUCCUCUCUCAGUGACGGUGCGGAGGGCUCUUGUGAUUCCGACGACGGGUUUCCACCACUGGAAAGGAAUAUGAAUCACUUAGACAUGCAGGAAAGUGAUGAGAAAAUAGCGUUCUCUCGCUGCAGCCAAAUCAUCUGUACUUCUUUUAUGGUGGUUAGUACUCGGUUUUCUGGCGGCUGUUCAACUGACGAUUUUUCCUGUGCUGAUGCAAUUGAAGCUUUCUUUUCAUCAGAGAGCUCAUCACUACGUUUAGACUUGGUUAAAGUUUCCUCUUGAUGUCCCUCUAUCACCCCGAGUGACUCCAACAGCACUGAUGCUGCAGCUAUUUCUCUGUCUUCAAGUUUGUUUGGCUUGCCUGAUUCAGUCUGCUUCUCUAGAUGCACCUCUCUCACACUGGAAGACCCCAAUGGCUUCAAUGCUACAGCAUUUGGUCCAUCUCUAUCGUCAUGUUUAUCUGGCCUGCUUAAUUCCUCCUGCGUCUCUAGCUUCCUGAACUUCACAUCUUCUGCACCAAAAGCAACAUUUCUUUGAAGGUUCCUCCUGAAGUUGACGCAGUCGAUCUUCCUCUGCCCAUUUGGCUUGCUCCGCAAGUUUCCUUUUGUAAGCACCUGUGACAAAGCGUUACUUAUCUGCAUAGAGGUGAUCCUCUUGGUUUCGCUCUUUCUGUAGUUUUCUCUCAUAUAUUAUCUCCUGCUUUUCGCUUUCGUUCUGCUGCUUUUCUCUGUAUACCAGGAACGUACCUUGCCAUUCUCUCUUGGCGAUCUUGUACCCGAGGUUGGAUGGCUCUCUGUUUCAUCUCAUCAUAAACUCCAUCGUAGUUGAGCACCGACGGGUCCUGCUCAAGGGCCUUCCUCGGUUGCUCCUCAAUAUCUUUCAGAGACUUGUUCUUGGAAGCCUGCCGACUUAUUUCCUACUCAACAUCAUUGUCAUCGUCGUCAUCGCCAAAACCCCGAGGUUUAGGGAGAGGAGGCCUCGUCGGCUGCUUCUUCUGCUGCCCCCUUAGGUUCAACCUCGUCUUCUUCUUUUUCCUGUGAUGCUCUGCUUCCAAAUUCAUCCGCAAAAAGGCAGUUAGUUUCAAUUACUUUUGUAGGAGGUAUGUUGAGAAUCAGUUAUCCAGGGAUAUAAAUAGACGUACAAGCACACACAGACACAAUAUUCCAAAUCACAUACAGAUUCUAAUAGCUUCCCUAAUUCUAAAAUGUCAAGGUCAACUGUGCAGUAAAUAUCUUGCGUAAAUCCGAUCACGGCAACUGUUUUUUA